AUGGGAGAUUUGGAGACUAGCUUAAUCCAUACACGAAAAACAUGUAGAAUAGAGCAAAUGGUAGCAAAAUGGCUUCAUCGCUCUCGGGACAGCGCACCCAGGGGCAGCGUGGCAGUGAUGGACAGUGCUGGGGACAGCACAGCCCAGCCCCCCAGCCGGGCCAAGGUGACAGUCACGGUGUACAAGGACCUGGUGCUGCAGCACUACGGCUUCGAGAUCUGCCCCGGGCUGCCCCUGACCAUCGCCUCUGUCACGGCAGGGAGCACGGCCGACGGCAAGCUGCAGCCGGGGGACCAGCUCCUCUCCAUCAACUCCAGCGCGGUGGACGGGCUGUCCGUGGAGCGGGCGGCCGGCCUGAUCAGGGACGCCGGUGACGAGCUGCUCCUGACCGUCCUGCGCUGCGCCGCCGGUGGCCCCAAGUCGUCGUUCCUCACCGAGGAGAAGAGGGCGAGGCUGAAAACCAACCCCGUCAAAGUGCGCUUUGCGGAGGAGGUGCUGCUGAACGGACACUCGCAGGGCAGCUCCCUCCUGUUCAUGCCCAACGUCCUCAAGGUGUACCUGGAGAACGGACAGACCAAGGCGUUCCGCUUUGAGAGCAGCACCACUGUGAAGGACAUCGUGCUGACGCUGCAGGAGAAGCUGUCCCUCCGCAGCAUCGCGCACUUCGCGCUGGCGCUGGAGGAGCAGUACAACCUGGCCAAGAUCCACCUGCUGCACGAGGAGGAGCUCAUUGCGCAGGUGGUCCAGAAAAGAGACUCUCACGACUACCGCUGCCUCUUCAGGGUGUGCUUUGUCCCCAGGGACCCCUUGGACCUCCUGCAGGAAGACCCGGUGGCCUUUGAGUACCUGUACCUGCAGAGCUGCAGCGACGUGCUCCAGGAGAGGUUUGCGGUGGAGAUGAAGUGCAGCGUGGCGCUGCGCCUGGCCGCGCUGCACAUCCAGGAGAGGAUCUCUGCCUGUGCCCAGCCUCAGAAGGUGUCCUUGAAAUACAUCGAGAGGGACUGGGGGAUCGAAAACUUCAUCUCGCCCACCUUGCUUCGAAACAUGAGAGGGAAGGACAUCAAGAAAGCCAUCAGCUACCACCUGAAGAGGAACCAGGUGCUGCUGGACCCUCGGCAGAAGCACGCGCCCGGCGCGGCCCAGGUGCGCCUGAGCUACCUGCAGAUCCUGGGGGAGCUGAAGAUGUACAGCGGGAUGAUCUUCAAUGCCACCAUGAUGCUGCAGGACAGGGAGUCGUACGUGGCGCUGCUGGUGGGCGCCAAGCACGGCGUGAGCCAGAUCAUCAACAGCAAGCUGAACAUCGUCAGCAGCCUGGCCGAGUUCCCCAGCAUCAGCAGGGUGGAGCUCAGCGAGGACUCGGAGCGCGUGAGCACCGUCAAGAUCUACCUGCAGGACCUGAAGGUGCUUACUCUGCUGCUGGAGUCAAACAGUGCCAAGGACCUGGUCUGUCUCAUCGCUGGCUACUACAGACUCCUCGUGGAUGCAAACGCCUCCGUGUUCACCUGGGGAGAGAAAAAACAGCAGCUGCACCGUGUCUCAGCGGAGGAAGGGUACGAAUCCCGAGCCUGCAGCGACUCGGAGGACUCCUGGGAGCCGGGUCCCCGCGCGGAGGGGCGGCCGGAGCCCCGCAGCCCCGCGGCCAGCGGCGGCGACCCGCGGGACACGGGCGGUGACAACGCCGCCGACAGCGCCUCCGAGGCGUCCGACUCGGCCAACACCGAGAGCCGGGGCUUCAAGACGAGCGGCUCCAGCGACUCCAUGGAUGCGCUGGAGGAGGAGGCGCUGGGAGCGUGCUCUUCCUCCAGGCCAGAGCUGCUGCGCCUCUGCACGCCCACCGUGCGGGAGAUGCGCAGCUCCGAGCGCAGCUUCGUGCCGGUGUGCGCCGGCCCCGCCGGCACCGGCACCGGCACCGGCGACUACCUGUGCUUCGUGCAGGUGCCGCCGGGGCCCGGGGCCGGCCCCGCGGGGCAGGGCGAGCGCUCGGCCGCUCGGGAGGGCUCCGAGGGGGACUACAGCCGGUGCUGCAGCGCAUCCCCCGCGGGCAGCGGCCCCGGGGACGGCGAGCCGGUGCUGCGGCCGCCGCCGGGCUUCGGGGACUCCAGCUCCGAGGAGGAGUUCUACGAUGCCGCCGACAGGCUCAGCCCGCCGGGGCCGGCAGGCUGCGAUACAGCAUCCUGGGAGGGCACAGAGACCUCCUCCUGCAUCCCACAGAGGCUGAGGUGCUACAGCCUGGGGGAGAACGCACCAAGGAGGGAGAAGCAGGGGCAGGAGAAGGAGCUGACCUACAGCAAGAGCCUGAGGAAGAGAAGGUCUUUCCUGAAAACUGACUACACCUCGCAGGUCAGUUUCCCUGCAGCUGCCCCAGGCUCUCCACAGCGCUGCUGCUCCUGGCCACCCACUCAGCCCCCGACAGAGGACACAGGGAAGGACAUGGAGAGGGGGAUUGCUGCAGCCCCCCGGGCCCAGAGGGACACUGCUGGCACAGACCCCUGCUCUGACCUGCUGGAAGCUGACACCACGGAGACAAAGUCGGUGGUGGAAUGGCUGGUUGCCUCCCUUUUGGACGUUCACCCUCCUGGUGGCCAGUGUGGGGAGCAGGACAGCAGCCCCCAGCCACAGCAGCCCCCUUUGCUGGCCCUGGAGCCCCUUCCCCGAGGUCGGAGUGGAGCUGCCCAGGAGAGCUCCCCAGGGGAGGCAGAUCCCGGCUGUCUGGGCGAGGAGAGCCGUGUGCCCACUGCAGGCUGGCAGAGCGCGGCGCCGCAGGAGGAGGGGGGUGAGCUGCUGGGCAGCCAGCACAAGGCCAGCCUCGUGCCCUCUGCUGCUGUGUGCCCCUCUGACCAGCUCGGGCUGCUGCCACCGGCUCCCGGCCCCAGCACGGCCCCUGCCCAGGAGCAGGGGCUGCUCCCUGCCAGCGUGGAGCCUUCCCUGGCUCCCUGGCACGAGAGCAAAGCCGAGGGCCAGAGCUGUGUCAUUGGCAAGGGCAGUGCCAACAGUCAGGGCAGUGCUGAUGGUCAGUGCCAUGCCCAGGGUCAGUGCCAUGGUGAUGGUCAGUGCCAGGGUGACGGUCAGUGCCAGGGUGAUGGUCAGUGCCAUGCCCAAGGUCAGUGCCAUGGUGAUGGUCAGUGCCAGGGUGACGGUCAGUGCCAUGCCCAGGGUCAGUGCCAUGCCCAGGGUCAGUGCCAGGGUGAUGCUCAAUGCCAUGCCCAGGGUCAGUGCCAGGGUGAUGCUCAGUGCCGUGCCAGCAGCAGCUGCGAGGGAGCCGUGUCCCAGGCCAUGUCCCACCGGCAGGUGAGCGGGCAGACCCUGCGGGAGGUGCACGGCGGGCAGGCGCGGCUCCCCGAGCCAGCCCAGCUCCUGGCAGACUGCAGCAGCGCCUCGGGGGUGCUCACCCGCCUCUCCUGGCUCUCACUCGGGCUGAGGACAGAGCCUGUGCCACUCAGCCCUGUGUCACACAGCCUGCAGGACAGGGGCCACGGCCCACUGCAGCCCUUGGCGUGUCUGACAAGCCACGGGUGCAGGGCUGGUGGCAGGAUGGUGCCAGCAUCCCCUGCAGGAGCGGGCUCUGGCAAGGAGCUGGUGAGCAGCUCAGGGCAGGCUGCAGGGCAGCCAGGAGACCCAAGAAAUGUGGCUCAGCAGCAGACCCAAGGAGACCCAGGAGACCCAAGAAAUGAACCCCAGCCUGCACGGGCUUCUCUCCCCAGAGAGCAGGCGGCAGGGCUGGGGAAGGACUCCUGCCUGCCUCCAUCUGCAGGGCUUGCCAUCUCCUCCGUCCCAGUUCCCUUGGGGCAAGGAGCAGGAGCCCAGGGGGCUGCAAAGCACUCGUCCCUCUGCUUUAACCCCGAGCAGGGUGAGCAGAGCCCCCCCCUCGCAGCCGGGCCCUCCCCAGCCCCCCGAGGGCUGGAGAGCUGCGGCUGCCGCCUGCCCUACAUCAGCUGCUUCCCGCAGCCCCCCAGCCAGGGCGAGCGCGAAGCCAGCCCCCCCCGGCUGCCAGGGCCCCUCACCACCCCUCCGUCCAGCAGCUGCAGCCUUCCCAGCACCCCUGGGAGCGGCUUCCCAGUCUCUGUUGCUGGGGACACGGCAGGGCAGGACCCCCACAUCCGAGUGCUGGGGCAGCUGAAGGACCAGGCGUGGGUGAGCCCUGCGGAUUUCUCCCGCUUCCUGGCCUACACUGUGGAGCUGCAGGAGGUUGUGGGGAAGCUCUGUGGGAGCCAGGCGACCCACCUGCACGACCAAUGUGCAGAGCAGGGUGUGGAGAGCAAGGGUGCCCUGGGCUGGGCUUCCCAGGACCUGCUGUCCAGCUGCCAGGCGCUGCUGAGCACGGAGCAGCCCCUCACGGAGGUGCAGCGUGCUCUGAGAGCCACCUUCGACCGCCUGGUGCAGCUGGCAGUGACCUGCUUCCAGGUGACACACUGCCGGCGGUGCAGGCAGCGGCAGCAGGAGCUGGGAGCUGCGCUGGGGGAUGUGGUGGGCACCUACCAGCAGCUGGUGCAGGCCCUGCACCAGCAGCUCCACGGGCAGGUCUGCCCUGAGCUGGGCACCGAGCUGCUCGCCCGCCAGCACACGGCCCUGGCCGCUGCCAUCUUCUGUCUCCUGCAGCAGUUCAGGGCGUCCCCGUGGCUGUGA